AUGCAACCAGAACUGUAUGAGGAAGUAAAACUUUUCCGUCAUGCACGAGAGCGUGAGAAGUACGACAAUAUGGCAGAUCUAUUUGCAUUAGUUUCAACACUCCAGAAUCUUGAAAAAGCAUAUAUUCGCGAUUGUGUGACAGCUCAGGAAUACACAGCGGCCUGUGCAAAGCUCCUUGUGCAAUAUAAAGUUGCUUUUAAAUUGGUUCAAGGCAAUGAAUUUCCAACAAUCGAUGUGUUUGUCAAAAAAUAUCGUCUCGAUUGUCCAGCAGCUUUGGAGAGAAUCCGUGAAGAUCGUCCAAUCACAUUUAGAGACUCCAAGGGUAAUAUCAGCAAAUGCGUUGCUGACAUCGUUUCAUUAUUCAUCACAAUCAUGGAUAAAUUGAGAUUAGGCAUCAAAGCCAUGGACGAACUUCAUCCAGAACUUCGAGAUUUAGACGACACGAUGAAUCGUUUGUCUCUCAUUCCGGAAAAUUUUGAUGGAAAAGAAAAAGUUAAAACUUGGUAUGAAACUUUGAAUGAAAUGCAAGCAAGCGACGAACUUAGCGAUGAUCAAGUCAGACAAUUUUUGUUUGACCUCGAAUCAGCUUAUUCUGCUUUUAAUAAUCUUUUGCAUCAAUCAUAA